CAAGAUAUUUCCAUGUCCAUAUUCUGAUAUUCUGUUCUUGUUCUGCUUCCUCUUGAUGUAUCUGGGUCUUCUUUUUGCAGUCAAACUUUGAUCCUUUGGAAUCCAAAAUCCAUUACCCAUCUUCAAGAUCUUCACUUUUCUUCUAUUUUCUUCGAAGUUAACGUGUUGGUGUGGUUGAGGCAUUUCCUCAAACACAAAGUGACAGUUUCUUCUUUUUGUUUUGGUUGUUUUUUUUCUUUUCAGGGAUUUCUUCAUGCUUAAUAUAUUGUUCUUGAUGUUUGAGAUUCAUGUCUCCAGUUCUCAUUGAAAUCCUUCUUUUUGGGUGUAUGAUAAAAUUCACAUUCAGGCGCAGGACCCAUCUUGUUCAAUCCUUCUCAGUUGUUUUCCUCUACUUUUUAUACUACGUUUCAUGAUUUUUACCUUGAAACCUGCUAAUUAGUGUUAUAUAUAGCCUAUAAUUAGUAAUAUUACUACUAUCUGCAUUAUUCGUGUUAUUAACUAUAUAUCUGGGUCCUGCUAUUAUCUGUCUCUCUUGAUUUACUCUUUGUGUUUGAAAUUUGGAACUCGAAACUGCAAGAAUCAUAUCCAUUUUCCAUGGCUUCCUCUAGUGGCACAUCUUCAGGGUCAUCUCUAAUGCAGAACUCUGGCUCUGAGGAAGAUUUGCGGGCAUUGAUGGAUCAGAAAAAGAGGAAGAGGAUGAUGCCCAACAGGGAAUCAGCAAGGAGGUCAAGGAUGAGGAAGCAGAAGCAUAUGAAUGAUCUGAUGGCACAGGUGGCUCAGCUGACAGAAGAGAAUCACCAGAUCAUCACAAGCAUAAACAUCACCACACAGCUCUUUGCGAACAUUGAGGCUGAGAACUCUGUGCUGAGAGCUCGGGCUGGGGAACUCACUCACAGAUUGCAGUCCUUGAAUGAGAUCCUCAGUGUCCUGAGUGAAGGCAAUGCUGCCUUUGAGGCUGAGGACACAAGUGCUGCUUUCGUUGUGCCUGUUGACAGCUUCCUCAACCACUUCAACAUGGCCUCCCUGAAUCAGCCUAUCUUGGCUUCUUCUGACCUGUUGCAGUACUAAUCUGAAAUGGGAUCGUUUGAUCUUAGGCAGAUUCUUCAGAAAAAAGAGAGUAAAAAGGAGAGAUUGUCUAUGUAAUGUAUUUGAGUGUUUAAGGAAUAAGGAAAUGUCUAGGUAAAAAUGUUGGUGUUUGUGGUUAUUGCCUAUUGUCGGGAUUUUUGCCAUGUAAAUUAGGGUAUAAUUCAGAAAUCUGUAUGCAAUUAUCUAUUAAUGUAAUGGGAGUUUCUUAGUUUUAAAAUUGUGCCUUCGUUUUUACUUGC